AUGUCACAGUGGUACGCCACUUUUGGGUUCAUUGGAGAUAUCCGGGUAGGGCCACUAUUCAACAUCAUUUGCAAUUCGAACCUUGCCACAGGACUUAUUGAUAUGUACAUGAAAUGUGGAAGCAUCACUCAUGCACGUGUACUUUUUAAUAGUGUGUCUUCUAGGAAGGAUCUGCUUUCGUGGACAAGCAUGUUCGCAGGGCUACCAUUGCAUGGACUUGGGAGGGAAGCAGUCGAUCUGUUUUUGAACAUGUUGGAUAUUGCCAUCAAGCCGGAUCGUAUGACACUCAUUGGAGUUCUAAAUGUCUGCAGUCAUUCAGGUUUUGUCGACCAAGGGCGCCAAUUCUUUCAUGGCAUGCAUCAAUUAUGGGGCAUUGUGCCUACUCUUGAACAUUAUGGUUGCAUAGUUGAUCUUCUUGGACGUGCUGGCUUCGCAGACGAGGCAGUGAACAUUGCUAAGUGUAUUUCCGUAGAGCGUGACAUUGUUAUAUGGAGGGGCUUACUUAGUGCUUGUAGGAUUCAUGGAAAUUUAGAGCUAGCCUAA